UGGUUUGGUCCGUCAUUACACUACAGUUUAAGAAUGCGUUCUCUUCCUUUCUGCCUGAGGAUUUCACAAUAAGGUCCGUCUGCGCCUACCUCCGCUAAACCAUGUCUCGCCACAGUAAACUCCAGAAGCAGGUGCUCUCUCUGUAUCGCCAGUUUCUCCGUGCGGGAAAGGCCAAACCAGGAUUUGUCCCAAGGAUUAAGGAUGAAUUCAAAGCAAAUGCUAAAAUCAAGAAGUCUGACGUGAUGCACAUUGAGUAUCUGUACAGAAGAGGACAGAGGCAGCUGGAGCAACUCAAAGACCACAAUACUAAACAGCUGGGAACAUUCUCCAAGACGAAUGAUGAAAGAAGCUGACACAGACUGAUCUGGGAGAGAGGAGAGAGAGGAAAACAGUUCAAACUUCUUCACUGUGCUUAUAUUUAGGGAGCUAAUGCACAUACAGCAACGCCUCUUGAAGUGGAACUAAACACAUAAAUGCCGUCCACAAACACAUUUAAAAUAGAGCUGAUAAACGGGGCAGUACUCGGAGGACUAAAGUGAGUGAGGGGGGAGGAGGGACGGGGCCUGGACAUAUGAACAAAAGUGUGAUUGGUCUAACAGGUAUCCACACUUCAAACUUCGCCCCUGCAGACAUGUGUUUGUAAUCAGAUGGCAGUUCCGUGUGCCACACAGUACUUGGAAUUGCAGUGGCCACUGAAGGCAGCACACACUGAGAACUUAGGACUUGUGAAGCUUGACAAAAAUAUGAGAACUAGACAACCAUCAGAGCAUGUUCAAUAUUGCAUAUCUUUUGGGGGUAUUCUCAGUCUGCAUUGGUCCAUAUCUAUCAGAGGAGUCCUGGUUUAGUCCUAGGUUAGUCCUGGUUUAGUACCACUUUAGUGCAACUCAUUUGGGGGGUUCUGAGUCUGCUGUGGUUUAUGGUGUGAAAACUAAUCCAGAGGACAACCAGGACUGAACGAGAACUAAACCAGGACUACACCAAAUCUACAGUAGGACUCAAACUGGUCCUAACCAGGACACAUGUGAAAACACUCUAGACCUGGCUUAGUUCUGGUUUAGUCCUGUUUUUUAGUCCAGCUCUAGAGGCGUGUUACUGGUUUGAAGUAGUCAGUAUCUAUCAGAGAUGCAUUGGACCUGGUUUAGUUCUGGUUUAGUCCUGGUUAAUUCCUAUUUAGAUCUGGUUUAGUUAUGUUGCUUCUGGGGACCCUGAUGUUCUGGCCAAUUGAUGUAUGUUAAAAUCUCAUCUUCUUUGCUGUGUUUCUCCUGUAUUAUUUUGAGCAGAUGGACUACUUCUUCACUACCUCAACACUGUAACAUAAUAUUGACAAAGUACUUGAAUAUUGCAGUAACAUGUCAAGUCCCUCCUUAUGGAAUUAUAUUGUGCCUCACUGACUCAGUAUGUGACAAACUGGUAGAUUACUGUGUCUAACUCUCAGUCAUUUCCUUUUUGGAGAAAUGUUUAAUGCAGCUUUAUCCAUUACCCUCUCAUCCCUACAACUGCUACAAUUUCAACUUGUACUGCAAUUUCAUUAAAGUUCCUAUA